GUUGGCAACACUUCUUUAACAAAAUUAGAGGUUAUAUUCGAGUUUGUAGGUUAUAUUUUUUGUUUUGCUUGCAAAUAGCACAGGUUUUACAACAAAUUAAAUAAUAAUGUACAAUUUUAAGAUUAUUAGAUAGCCAUAGUCAUAGAUAAACGAAAAGUAGUUUAUAAUGAAUAUAUUUGAUCAGAACAAAGUGUGCAAGUAUUGCAUGGAUGAAAUAAAACCAUGCAAAGAUGAGGGAUUGCAAUGUUUUGAAUGUAAUCAAAUGGUGCAUUUACGAUGUUUAAAGAGAGGAUCUGUACCAGGAGGCUUACAUGGAGAUGUAUUUUUCACUUACAAAUGCACAGAGUGUUCUGCGAGUGGUGUUGAGGUGUUUAUUAGGAAUAAAACCUCUUGGAUGCAGAUUAUAGUUCUUGUGCUAUAUCAUCUUAGAGAGAAAAGGCCAGGUCUGGCUCGCAGGGGAUUCUUCCAUUGGCGCCAUCAUGUUGCUUCAUUUAUCGAUAAAAAUUGGGAUAUAAUAUUCCCACCUGAUACAAAAAUGAAGAAAAAGUGGAGGGGAACGAUUGCUGGAACACUGUCACACUUCAACCCAUUUAUUUUCGUAUCCGGUACAUCCAUAUUCAAUGAGCCAGCCUGGUGGACUCUGAAAUAUACUAGUUUAAGUCCAGAUGUUAUUACACACAUACAUGCUGAGAUGAUUAAUGAAAAAGGAGUUCUGAAAAGUAAAAAACUCAAAGUUCCAUCAGAUGCAGAAUUGUUCGGUAAAGUAUUAACUUUAUGUGUGGAUGAUCAAGAAUAUUUACAAACCUUCAUUGUCAAUACAACCCAGGUUGACAUAAAGGAUGAUUAUGAAAAGGUACCAGUAGUAAAAAAAGUUGUACGGACAAAAAGGAAAGGUCCUACUAAUUCGUUAAGCAAUCCAAAGAAACUAUUUAAAGCUGGAACUGCAUCGCUUGACAUACCUAUAGAAUUAAUAACAGAACCGGAAGAAAAAUUACAAACUCAUCCGACUUGUACAAAGAAAGAACAAGAAACAGAACGUACAGAGAAUAUUAAGCUGUAUGAUCCAUUUUGCCAUUAUAAUACCUCCCUAAAUAAGCUAGCCUAUUUGAGAGGCACGAGUCUAUACACGAAGUUAACAGGAGGAAUUCGUCAAGAACCCUUUCUCUCACCUUACAGCGAAAUAUAUCUUAAACCCUACAUCCGGCGAGACACAGAAAUUUUCCCGCCUUGGCUUAAACUGAUGGCCGAAAUCCAGCUGACUGUCAACGCAAAAUACGAUAGUGAAUAUGAACUACCGCCGAGAGCCCCUUUGGACUACACGUACGUCCAGCCUGAACAUAUACCGGCGAUCAACAGUCUGUGUAACCAGUUUUUCUGGCCCGGGAUUGAUCUGACGGAUUCCUUGAAGUACCCGGACUUCAGCUGCGUCGUGUUAUAUAAAAGGCUCAUCGUUGGAUUCGCGUUUUUGGUGCCUGAUGUUAGUCACACGGAAAAUUAUAUGUCGUUUUGUUUCACGAGACCGGGAUGGAGGAAUUGCGGAAUCGGCCGGUUUAUGGUAUAUCAUUUGAUACAGACUAGCCUGGGAAAGGAUAUUACGCUAAAUGUUUCAAUAAACAAUCCGGCCUUGUUCCUGUACCAGAAAUUCGGAUUCAAAGUGGAAAAAGUGGUGUUAGAUUUUUACGAUAAAUACUUGAUAUGUGAUUAUAAUGAUAAAUCAAAACAUGCUUUUUUCUGUCGACUUGAAAGGUAGUGAUUUUCCAUAAUUAUUUUUUAUGUAUUUGUAUUUAUAACAGAUCUGAUGUGAUAUGACCCUCUGUGGCACAUUAAGUAGAGUAACACAAAUAUAUUUAUUUCGCCUA